AUGAUUUCCAAGGAUAUGGACGCUGACAUCGAUGUAACAUCGAUGACCGAUGAUGGUAUCCUGAAUCCAUAUAAAGUUUCAUUAAACAGUGACAAGAAUAUCGAUAAAGAGGCUUAUUUAAGUAAACUUACGGAAAGUAAACUCACCCAAGCUAUGGAAGAACAUAUAUUUGACGGAGAAAGUGCUGAACAAGAGCAAAAUGAAAGCUUCGAAAGCAGCGAUGGGAAUUCAUAUGGCACAAGGCAGUCGAGAAAACUUAGGAAUCCAUCACUGUGGCAAAGACCAGAUGUGCGACGUAUCGUGGAGGAUUUCAUUAACAAAGAUAUAACUUCAAGAGGUGCGGCCAACAAAAUCUCGGAUAUUUUGGGUCGCAAUGUUUCACAUUCUACAGUUUUGACAUACGCUAAUAGAUUAUUGCGGGGAAUAAAACGUGAAGUGGAAGAAGAACCAGCAUACCAAGUUCAGGUCGAACCCGAUGGUUCGCCAGCACCGGUUGAUGAAGUCGGUUAUGAUGUGCACUUCGAGCUUGUGAAAACAAGCCGUGGCAACGAUAAUGGCCUGGCCGUUUAUGAAGAUAAUGGAUUUGUUCGUGUUUAUCGCCGCACUAGUACAACGGGUCGAAGCGCAUCCUAUCGCUGUUCCACGUGUGAUCAUCUUUAUGAAAAACUUGGCCAGGGUGAACGGCCAACGAUUAAAAUGCGUGAUAACGUCAUUGUAACGGAUCCAUUUCCAACUCAUAAUCAAUUAUGCACUCCUACACCGGUGGAUGUGUUCCGUAGGACACAGGAAGAUUUAGAAGCACGACAACUCAAUAUGUGUAGGCGUGUAUUAACUAGCUCGCGUUUCAAGGAAAUGAGAUGGGCAAGAUCAUUUGAUACUGUCGGAUAUGUGGUAAAACCGCCAAAUGAAGAGGAAGAAGCGAUCAACAAAUGCAUCGAAAGUUUACUAACAAGGUGUCGUGGCUCAACAGAAAUGGAAGACGAAGACAAGGAAGCUGUGCUGAGAGACUUAAUUGAAGGCUACAAGCGUGGAGAGGUUUCCAGUUUAACGGAACUUGCAAAACUGAUCAAAGAAAAUCUAGACAUUGAUGUCUCUAGCCCCACUCUUUGUCGAUAUCUUAAAAAACAGACCGAUGACAAGGCUCAAUCGCCAAUGGAACCAGAUGAAAGCGAUACCGUCCUGAUAGCUCGUCCAGGACUUUCGAAAUACUUGAACGAAACGCUUAUUACUGUACCAGAAAAUGAAGGCUUUCGCCAAUAUUCAUUUAUGAAAAGGUCGUCAGAUGGUGUUCGAUCGUAUUACAGGUGUCUUGGAUGUUCUCGUGCAAAACGCCUUUAUGGACCAGAUCGGCAGGCUUAUGUGAAAGUAGAAUAUGGCGAGAUAAUCGAUAGACCGCUUCAUCAUCGGAGGUGCGAACCACAAUCGGAAGAAAGUGUCUUAGUCCAAAAUCUGGAUCGUGAGUGUCGUAGAAGUAUCAGGAAAGGUGAAAAAAAUCCACGGGAAGCUCAUGCAGAAGGGUUAGAUAAAAUGGCUGAAAUAGAAGCAUCGUUUUCUGGAGAUGAAAAUAUACAUGGCACUCUGCAAAAGCUUUUUCCAUCGUGGGAAAGAGUUAAAGCGGCAUAUUUCCGACAGAGAGAUUUGUUAAAGAAAGCAGCAAUAGCAGCAGAACUAGAAGAGGGAGCAUACCAAACUAGCGUUCAUGAUAGUGAAAUUGGUCGUUAUGAAGAGAUUGAAGGAAAUGAGAGUUUCAUGGCACCUCCCGGCGCAGCGGUUGAGCUUACUCCCGAGAUGAAUGCUCUGAAGAAUCAAUUAUUAUUUGAUGUGCAGCAAGCCAUUCGAAGAGAGGUCGCACGAGCAAUUACUCGGACCACUAUCAUGAUGGAACAACGAUUUGACGCAAAAAUUCUGCAGAUAUUCGAUGAUAUAUUUCGGACGCAAAAUGAAGAGGAAGUUGCGGAAGCAGGGAUAGUCGAUGAAUAUGCACUCCAAGAAUUUCCGUCAACUUCUGCCUCAUCAUAUCCUUCACAAAAGCGACGACGUUUAGAGAGUAUUGGGGGGAAUGAAAGAGUAAACGAUAAACCAUUUUCAAUUCCUGCUUGUUAUUUGAAGCGAAACAGAUUGCUUAUCAAAGAAGUUGCAAGAAAGAAGAAUUCCAUGUAA